GCGACUGUUCAUAUCCAUAGUCCCCCAAGAGCGCGCGGAACCAACGGUCGUCGUCUCCUCUAAUCCGCAACCCCGCUCUCGUCCGCCUUCUGGCUGCGCGCCAUGGCUGCUGCCAUCCACCACCACCACCUCCUCCCUCCUCGCCUCCUCUCCGUCCACCCGCAGCCUCCCCGCCUCCGCCUCCGGCGCCCGCUCCCCCGCCGCGCGGCCGCGUCCGGCGCAGCGGCCGGGACGUCGUCGUCGACCGCGGCCGCGCCGCCGCCCACGGACGCCGCGCUGCAGGAGUUCAGGCGCUGGGUGUCGUCCCACGGCGCGGACGCGGGGGCCGGCGCGGCGGCGCCCGCCGCCGUCCCCGAGGGUGGCCUCGGCCUCGUCGCGGCGCGGGACCUGCCCCGCGGGGAGGUGCUCGCCGAGGUGCCCAAGAAGCUCUGGCUGGACGCCGACGCCGUCGCGGCCUCCGACCUCGGCGGCGCCGUCGGCCGCGGGGGGCUCAGGCCCUGGGUCGCCGUCGCGCUGCUUCUCCUCCGCGAGGCCGCCCGCGGCGCCGGCUCGCCGUGGGCGCCCUACCUCGCCAUCCUCCCGCGCCAGACCGACUCCACCAUCUUCUGGUCAGAAGAAGAGCUCUUGGAGAUACAAGGAACACAGUUACUGAGCACAACAAUGGGUGUGAAGGAGUAUGUGCAGAGUGAAUUUGAGAGUGUUGAAGCUGAGAUCAUAAGCGAGAACAGGGAGCUCUUUCCUGGUACUGUAACAUUCAAUGAUUUCCUAUGGGCAUUCGGCAUACUCAGAUCACGGGUGUUUGCGGAGCUCCGUGGAGAUAAGCUUGCUCUCAUACCAUUUGCUGAUCUUGUAAAUCACAGCGAUGAUAUAACCUCAAAAGAGUCCAGUUGGGAGAUCAAAGGAAAGGGUCUUUUUGGUAGGGAUGUUGUGUUUUCUUUGCGAACACCGGUGAAUGUUAAAUCUGGAGAACAGAUAUAUAUUCAGUAUGAUUUGGACAAGAGCAACGCAGAAUUAGCGCUUGAUUAUGGUUUCACCGAAUCAAAUUCAUCAAGGGAUGCAUAUACUCUGACCUUGGAGAUAUCUGAAUCUGAUCCAUUUUAUGAUGACAAGCUUGACAUUGCAGAGCUAAAUGGGAUGGGGGAGACUGCAUACUUUGAUAUUGUCCUUGGUGAAUCUCUUCCUCCUCAAAUGCUACCUUACCUGCGAUUACUCUGCCUUGGGGGAACAGAUGCAUUUCUCUUGGAAGCACUCUUCAGAAAUGCUGUUUGGGGCCACCUUGAACUGCCAGUGAGUCAAGAUAAUGAAGAAGCGAUAUGUCAGGUCAUCCGAAAUGCCUGCAAAUCUGCCCUUGGUGCUUACCACACUACCAUAGAAGAGGACGAAGAACUGUUGGGAAGUGAAAAUCUUCAGCCAAGGCUUCAAAUUGCCGUUGAAGUCAGGGCCGGUGAGAAGAAAGUGCUACAGCAGAUUGAUGACAUUUUCAAGCAGAGGGAGGAGGAACUGGAUGGCCUAGAGUACUACCAAGAACGGAGACUCAAGGAUAUUGGUUUAGUUGGCGACAAUGGUGAAAUUAUCUUCUGGGAAUCCUAGAGACUUUUUAUUCAUUUUCUGAGGGUAGAGAAGGUUUUGUAAAAUGCCACUGUGCAAUAGCAAAUUAAUGAAAGAAAAAGAGAAAAAAAAUGAUAUUCUAGCA